AUGAAGCUUAACCUCGCCAACCCGGCUACGGGACAACAAAAGACGAUCGAGAUCGAUGAUGAGCGCAAGGUGUAAGUUCGCACGCCGCCGCACCACCCACCUCCCAGCUCAGCCCUCGUGCUGUGGCGGAUGCCAAAGCUGACGCAACGAUUUACUCCCAUCCCAGCCGCAUCUUUUACGAGAAGCGCAUGGCUCAGGAGGUCGCCAUCGACUCGCUCGGAGACGAGUUCAAGGGCUACGUCGUCCGCAUCACCGGUGGUAACGACGUACGUUGCAGACCCACACCCCACGAAACCUGCCCAUCGACGACUGAUCAUGUCGACCACGACUCUUUCUCACUCAGAAACAAGGUUUCCCGAUGAAGCAGGGUGUGCUCGUCCCCCACCGAGUCAAGCUCUUGCUUUCCAAGGGCCACUCGUGCUACCGCCCGCGCAAGACGGGUGAGCGCAAGCGCAAGUCCGUGCGAGGCUGCAUCGUCGGUGCCGACAUCCGCGCCUUGGCCUUGGUCGUCGUCAAGCAGGGCGAGUCCGACAUCCCCGGCUUGACCGACACCGUCCUGCCCAAACGACUCGGUCCCAAGCGCGCGACCAAGAUCCGCCGCUUCUUCAACCUCGAAAAGACCGACGACGUGCGCAAGUUCGUCAUCCGCCGCGAGGUCGUCCCUAAGAAGGAAGGCGCCAAGCCGUACACCAAGGCGCCCAAGAUCCAGCGCCUCGUCACCCCCGAACGCCUGCAACGACGUCGCCACCAGCGCUCGCUCAAGCGCCGAAAGACGGAGCAGCAGAAGGUGCAGGUCGAGGAGUACAAGCAGAUCUUGGCCAAGCGUUUGGCCGAGAAGAAGGAGUCCGCCGCCGUCGCCAAGAAGGCCAAGAACAUCAACCGAAACUAA